UCACCGGCAGCGCACGACGGUGGGCCAGUCUGUCGGCUGCCGCUGCCGGGGGCGGCAGGCAUUCUGAGUGGAGAAUGGGUGUAUACUGUUGGGGAGGGAGCACUCGCGGCGUGACGAGAGUGGGUGCGUGGAUGGACGAGUUUUGGUUGGUGAAGUGUGAAUUGUGUUGACAUUAGACAAGCGCACGUUAUUCUGUACAGUCACUAGAGUAGUGUAUCGUGCAACCAGUAACUAGAUAACGAUCGGUGAGUGGCGGCCAGAUCGUGACGUUCAGUGACAAUCCGUGAUUUAUAAGUGACAUUCGGUGAUGAUCGGUGAGCGCGCGGCGCCGUCCGGUGACCUGUGACCCUGCCGGCGGCCCGGUGACCCACGCGGCGUACAUUGAGCGGUCCAGUCGGCCGGCGGUGCUCGCGCCGCCCUGCGCCACCAUGCUAUCGCUCCUUGUUCCCGGGGAUGAGUGCGAUUUCAAUCAGAACUCUGUCAGCAAUGGCCGGCUCAACUACCGUACCACAAACGCCCUAACGGCCUCCAACCACCUCACAGCGCCACAUCAUGACACCAAGCUCUCCCCCAACAACAACACCGUGUACGGACCGGCCACAAAGACACUGUCCGCGCUGGACAACCGGCCGGCGUCGCUCCCCGGCCCCGGUGUCGACUCCAGCGGCGAUGACGCCGUCAGCGGCUCGCUGAUGACGUCUCCGGCAGCCUAUGAUGACGCCUCUGACGAGCCGAUGAGCCCGGCCGAGCGGCAGCCGCCCUCCCCGGUGACCCGACCGGCGGCGACCCGACGAGCCUCCAGCCUGGCGCCGCACCCGACCCGGUCCGGAAAACUCAAAAGGGUGUCAUUCGGCAGCAGCAAGGGCUCCAUGGUGGAGACACUCAUAUACGACUGUGAGCCGCGUCCCUCUGCUGCCCCGUGGGACAGCACGAGGCAGACCGGGCAAAGGAGACCGCCGUCAGUGCGGCACACCAUCUGCUUCGGCCCCUCCACGGCGGGGAGCCCGGCACCUCCGGUCCUGGGAGCGGCCGCCCGCACCCUGCCGGCGACACGGACCAACGGGACCGCGGGGCGGACCAACGGCACCGCGGGGCGGACCACCGGGACCCCGGUCCGGCCCAUGUCCGAACCUCCCAGACUCAUCUCCGCCCACUCACGGCCGGAGGAGUCUGUCCCGCUGAAGGCCACCUCUCGCGUCCGUGUCACCUACUACGAGAGCAAGCGACCGCUCUCGGUGUCGGGAUCGUCGUCAGAGGGCAGUGAGGUGUGCUCGGAGCGGCCCGCGAGCCGGCGGACCGCCCCCGCCCCCGCCGCCCCCGCCGCGGCCGCGGUCACCACCACUGUGUCCGAGAUGCCCACCACUUAUGUGGUGUCCAGCGUGGACGCCGGCUGGGAGAACCCGUUCCGGCCGGGCGGAGAGCUCAGUAAGGAAGCCGAUCAGAUCGUGCGAGCCAUCCAGUCGGGCCGACCUCUCAACGCGAGCGCAGACCUCACAGACGGUCCUCCGGCGGCUAACGGCGGCCCUCCCAGCCCGGCCGCGGGUGGAGGGGACACAGCGCCGACCGGGAACGGUCACCUCAGUCCGUCGGCCACCAACGGCGCCCCGCCGCCGGUGAAGGAGUCGGCGGUGACGGCGCGCGCGGCGGCCCCGGUCUCCGCCGAGCCGCCGCCGCCCGGUGCCACCGUGCUGGCCGCCCAGCCGACAGGAGCCGUGGAGGUACACCACUCGGUGGUCGCCUCGCCCGAGGGGGCGGGCCAGGUGGAGCGCGUGGCGCUGAAAAAGAAGCCCCGCGGCCGCUGCUGCGUCGUACAAUAGUGGGUCGGGAUGGAUGGGAUUGCAGGGAGGGAGGCAGGGAGGGGAGGGGGACGUUGGGUCGUGGACGGACGCGCCGAGCGGCUAGUCAAGUGGGGCGCGUCGUCGGCUUCGUGCAGUGAGGCCGGUCGGACGCGGCGGACCGGCGCGGUUCGCGGCGCCCUCUGUGCAGUUGCCGGCGGCAAUGGGCACAGACGGGCGGCCGCCGCGCGCCGCGCCGCCGGCGGCAGAGUAGGGAAGUUGAGCUUCGAGUCCUGGCCGCCGCACGGCGCUGUGGUGGCCGGAGGUCUCUGAGCCGGCUUCUGCCGGGCGCGCUGCGCUGCUGCCUGCUGCUUCUGCGCCGACUGCAGAUCUGACCUGACCUGGCGCGGGUCGGGUGCCGACCCCGGAGCAGGGCCGAGACGGCGUCCCCGGCCGCACAGAAGAUGGCUAUUUUGUGUACCCGUGUAUUGAUGUUGUGACGUGUUCCCGCCGUGCUCGCAGCCUGCCGGUGUCGCAACGCAGCCAUGACAGUUUUACCGAUGACUCAUGAGUUCAGCUCUGUUUUUGUUCUUGAGAACCAUUUUUGAGCCUUUGACAGCGUUUCGUCAGUCACCUGACCGCCUGUGAUUUGACCCACAGUUCUGACGUUUGUUCUCCGGUUUUGCCUGUUCGUACUGGGUGUUGCGCUCGGUCCCGUGCGCCGGUUAGUUGGGACCGGCGCCGGGCCGCCGUUUUUGUUGUACUACGCGCCGCACUGCGAGUUGUGGCGAGUGUUCUUGGUUGGUUGCCGAGCCCUAGCGGCGGGCGGUAGGCUGACUGAGUCCCGUCAAUGUCGCAGCUCGAAAUAUAGGAGGCAAAUAUUUAUUA